AUGAUUAUCAAGAAACAUCGCGCCGGAGUUGAACCAUGUUUCCGGCAGGCCAAGAGGCCGGCGAUAUUCAAGCCUUCUCAUGAUCAUCAACGUCCAAAUCUGAAGAUGGUCGUCGGAGCAACCUACUACCCAAAGCGCAACCCUGACAAGCCCCAAGGCGAAGACUCCUACUUCGUCUGCACCCACCGGAAUGCUGUCGGCGUGGCUGACGGCGUCGGUGGAUGGUCCAGGAAAGGCAUCGACGCCGGCCAAUACUCCCGUGAGCUCAUGCAAAACGCAUUGUUCUCCGCAGUCCGCCAACCAAAAGGAUCCAUUAACCCUAGAACCGUACUGGACGAGGCCUUCGACAACACAAAAAGCCAGGGCUCCUCCACCGCCUGCAUCGCCACCCUGAAAAAAAACCCUAUGAAGAAAUACUACUUCUUGCAUGCUGUGAACGUUGGAGAUAGUGGGUUCAUGCUCUUCAGAAAGAACAAGUUAGUGUUCCGAUCGCCGACGCAGCAGCACGAGUUCAACAGGCCAUAUCAGCUUGGGAAUGGUAAGAACAGCGACACGCCGGAGAAAGCCGAGGAAUUCGCCGUGAAAGUGGAGUCCGGAGAUAUAGUGGUGUUUGGGACAGAUGGAGUAUUUGAUAAUGUUUAUCCCAGAGAGAUUGAGAGGUAUAUACAGUUGAGCUGUGAGGAUGACGACGAUAAGGUGACGCCUGAAGAACUGGCUUGGCUUAUAGCAGAAGUUGCUCAGUGCAAUUCCAGGAACAGACUAGGAGAAACCCCUUUUUCAGAAGCGUCUCGCAAGGCUGGGAAAAAAUUUGCAGGUGGAAAGAUCGAUGAUAUCACUGUUCUUGUGGCCUACAUAGUCCCAGCUUGUUGA